CCCGGGCGGCGCCGGGCCCCCGGGGGCGGGGCAGGCGCGGGCGAGGCGGGGCCGGCCGGUUAAGUACCCAGGCCCGUCCCCCCUCCGGCGGGAGCUCGCCCCGGAGCCGGUCACCAUGGCGACUGCAGGGAAGUUGAUGAGAGCGAUUCGAGUUUUUGAAUUUGGUGGACCAGAAGUGCUGAAACUCCGGUCGGAUGUUGCAGUACCAAUUCCAAAAGACCAUCAGGUUCUGAUCAAAGUCCACGCAUGUGGUGUAAACCCCGUGGAAACAUAUAUUCGGUCUGGUACUUACAGAAGAAAACCACUCUUACCCUACACGCCGGGUUCAGACGUGGCUGGGAUAAUAGAAGCUAUUGGAGAGAAUGUAUCUACUUUCAAGAAAGGUGACAGAGUUUUCACUACCGCCACCAUCUCUGGGGGCUAUGCUGAGUAUGCCCUUGCUUCAGAUCACACUGUGUACAUACUGCCGGAGAAACUGGACUUGAAACAAGGAGCUGCCAUCGGCAUCCCGUAUUUUACUGCGUACCGAGCUCUGCUCCACAGUGCCCGCGCGAAAGCCGGAGAAAGUGUUCUGGUUCAUGGGGCUAGUGGAGGAGUUGGAAUAGCAGCGUGCCAGAUUGCCAGGGCUUACGGCCUAAAAGUUUUGGGUACGGCUGGUACCGAAGAAGGACAAAACCUUGUCUUGCAGAAUGGAGCCCAUGAAGUGUUUAAUCACAGAGAACUUAAUUAUAUUGAUAAAAUCAAGAAAUCUGUUGGUGAAAAAGGCAUUGAUGUGAUCAUUGAAAUGCUAGCUAAUGUAAAUCUUAGUAAUGAUUUGGAUCUUCUGUCAUAUGGAGGACGAGUAAUAGUUGUUGGCAGCAGAGGUCCUAUUGAAAUAAACCCACGGGACACCAUCCCAAAGGAAACCAGUAUAAUUGGAACUGCUCUUUAUUCAUCAACUAAGGAGGAAUUUAGGAAAUUUGCAAUGGCCCUUCAAGCUGGAAUGGAAAUCGGUUGGUUGAAACCUGUGAUAGGUCCUCAGUAUUCACUGGAGAAGGUGGUCCAGGCUCACGAAAAUAUCAUCCACAGCAGUGGGGCUAUUGGGAAAAUGAUUCUUCUCUUAGAAUGAUUCAUUCUUUCAUAUACUUCCAAUGCAAUUAGAGGUCUCCUGCCCCCAGUUUUACUUACACUACCUUUGCUGUAAUCAGCAUUCAUUUGAUUUAGUGAAUUUCUUAUAUUAAAAAAAAAAAACAAGAUUUAUCUUUAGAGAUCUGGGCAUUGGAGCACAAUGUAUUUUAUAGUUCACCAUAUUCUUUAUGCCUCCCAUCUACCUCUAAUCAGACUCAUCAUGGUAGGAAGUAGAAUGUCAGUCAGUAGUGAUUUGGCAUUGGGUGCUUUAACAGAAAAUCCUGGUACUUGAUCAUUAAUUCCAUACCUUUGGCUAAGCAAGCGAAUUUAAAAUAAGACUAUGCGAUUUCCAAGCCUGUUUGUAAAGAUUCUUUGAUUAGCCCAGAACUGUCCUGGACUGAAGAUUUUCUAGACUCAAGAAGACUGCUUUUCUAAACUAAUCUCAUCUGGAUCUACAAGGACGAGAUAAACAAUAUCCAGAGAAAUUUGUUUUUUAACAAAUAGGUUUCCAAUAUUUCCCCAAAUAUUAAAACAUUCACUAUGUUGAUAGUUACUCAUUCUCCAUAUAUUCUGUGAAGAGAACAGCCUAAUUUUUGGUAUGCUAGGAUAGGUAUGUCAUCUCCCGAUAGAUAUUUCUUGAUUUGUUUUUCAGAGUAGAUUUAAAAUUAUCUGUAUAAUGGGAGUCAUAUGUUUUUAUUUAAAUUACUAAACAAAUUCAACACAUUUAGAGUAACCUGCUUUUGUUUUCAUUAUGUGGUAACUUGCAGUAAAUUCUGUAGAAAAAUUAAAGCUGCUAUUUGGUCAUUAUAUGGUACGUGCCUUACAUCUCUUUUACAUGGUUCCUAAUGGUUAAGUUCUAACAGAGUUCUGUGCAGGAAGUCUUUAUCUAAACUAAAUAAAGGGAUGAUUAUUUAGAAAUCUUGCUGUCAAUCAAUGUUAUGUACAAGGAAAUAAAGUUUGAUUGUUA